GUCAGCAGAGCGGUGAGGUAAGAGUGAGUGAGUGAGUGAAUGUGUUGAAGAAACUGCUGCUGAGAAAUUUCUCACUGGCCAGAGACACAGAGGAGGAUUUCUGCAUUUAGAAAUGUCAUGCCUACCAGAAAACUGUUGAACUUACAGAUCUGUGAGGAAUUUUACUAGAGACAAAGAGAAGAAAUAGGAUAGAGAGGGUAAAGGCAAAAAGAGGGAAGUGCCAGAAUACAAACAGAGCCUAAAAGAAUCAAGAGGAAAAUAAGAGGAGGGGACUGAUACAGCUGUGAACACCAUUGUGGACUAAGAUGGAAGUCUACACUGUGACAGUAGCAACUGGUACAUCGGAGUAUUCAGGCACCAACAACUACAUCUUUGUGACCCUGGUGGGGGAGAAGGGGGAGAGUGAACGCACCCUGCUGGACAAUCCUGGACUAGACUUCUGUCGCGGAGCAGUGGAUCAGUACAAGGUGACCAGCUCUUCACAUUUAGGCCCCAUUCAACUGGUCAGACUGGAAAAACAGAGAUACUGGUUGGAAGAUAACUGGUUCUGUCGCUAUGUCACAGUGGAACCUCCAGGUGGAGGCACAGUGCUGACUUUCCCUUGUUACCGCUGGCUUAUAGGCGACAUCAAGGUAGAGAUAAGAGAGGGAACAGCGAAGACAGUGAGGGACGACUCCUCACCUCAGCUGCUGGCACACAGGAAGACGGAGCUGCAGGAGAGAAAGACAACUUACAGAUGGGUAACGUGGGCUCCAGGAAUCCCCAGAUGUAUCGACGCAAAAACCGAAGCAGAUUUACCCCAAGACGUCCGCUUUGACAAUGAAAAGAGGAGCGACUUUGAACAUUCCCUACAAUAUGCCUUGCUGGAGUUGUCUCUGAAGAAGAUGGCCAUCAGGUUUGGGAAAUCCUGGUGUGACCUGGAUGAUUUCAAACGGAUCUUUUGGAGGCUUCGAAGCCCCAUAGCUGAGUACUGUAUGGAGCACUGGAAGGAGGACUGGUUUUUUGGCUACCAGUGUAUGAAUGGCUCUAACCCAAGAAUGAUUCAGAGGUGCAAGAAGCUGCCAGAGAACUUUCCUGUCACACCUAACAUGGUGCAGAGCUCCAUGGCUCCCAGGACCAACCUGAACAAAGAAAUCAAGGCAGGGAAUAUCUACCUGUUGGACUAUGCUGUCAUGGAUGGGAUUCCCGCCAAUACAAUCAGGGGGAAAAUUCAGCACAUUGCUGCUCCACUCUGUCUCCUGUACCAACACCCAGAUGACGGACUCAUUCCUAUUGCUAUACAGCUUGAGCAGAAUCCAGACAAGGACACUCCCAUAUUCCUCCCCAAAGACCCACCCCUGGCCUGGCUGUUGGCUAAGAUGUGGGUGCGUCACUCUGAAUUCCAGGUGUUCCAGCUGCUGUCUCACCUGCUCAGGACUCACCUAGUGGUAGAGGUGUUUUGUGUGGCUACUCUGAGACAGCUGCCUGCUGUGCACCCUAUAUAUAAGCUCCUGGCUCCUCACCUGCGCUACACUCUGGAGAUAAACUGUAGGGGGCGUACUCAGCUCAUCUCACCUGAUGGCAUCUUCAAAAGGGUUGUGUCUACAGGUGGUGAUGGCCUGUUGAUUCUGGCUCAGAGGGAGUACAAGGUGCUGACCUAUCGCUCCCUCAAUCCCCGCCAUGACUUCGAUGACAGAGGAGUUUCCCGGCUUCCAAAAUAUUUCUACAGAGAACACAGUCUGAUGUUGUGGGAGGCUAUAUUCAGCUUUGUCUCAGGCAUUGUAAACCUGUACUACCAGUCAGACCAUGACGUGCAGGAGGACCUGGAGCUUCAAGCCUGGAUCAGAGACAUAACACAGGAAGGCUUCACAGAGCUCCCCAACUUUGGUCUGUCCAGUAAGCUCAGCACCAGAGAGGAACUCUCCAUUCUGCUGUCAGUGGCCAUCUUCACCAGUACAGCCCAGCACGCUGCUACUAACAACGGACAGUUCGACUGGUGUGCCUGGGUCCCCAACACCCCUUGCACCAUGAGACACCCCCCACCAACAGACAAGGAUGCUGUUACCAUGGAGAUGAUCAUGGCCACCCUUCCUGAUGUCAGCCAGUCCUGUGUGCAGAUGGCUAUCACAUGGCAUCUGGGGCGAGCACAACCAGACGCAAUUCCUUUGGGCAAGUACACAGAGGAUCACUUCACUGAGAAGCAGGCCCAGGAGCUGAUUGACAAGUUCAGAAUGGAACUGAAGAAGAUUGAGGACAACAUCGUGAGUCAGAAUGAAGGACUGGAGCUUCAGUACCUUUUCCUCCUGCCUAGCCGCGUGGAAAACAGCAUCACUAUAUAGACAGACUAACAGACUACAUGUGGAGCGAGGUCCAGACCUGAUGCGUCUAACAUUUGUUUUGACCAUGAUAUUUUUUUGUUAAUAUUGACAAAAAAAAAAACAAAACAAAAAAAAAAAACAUGACAAAGCCGAAGUAGGGGAAAAUACUUUUUUAUUUAUGUGAAUAUUAAACCAUUUAUGAUUUCUAUAACAUGUUUAAUUGAAAAUGCAAGCCAAGGUGUCUUUAUUAAGUAAAGGAGUGUUAAUGGAAUGUCAACCAGAAGCAGUUUGAUUGUGUCACAUCAUCUUUUUGUCACACCAAGUUUUUUUUAAUGGAUCAUUGUAAGCCAGGCACAAGUCAUCGACCACUGCAAGCAUAAUGGAGGCACAAAAUAUACCUGUUCUGAGUGAAAUGCUGUAGACACAACUGCUUCUGUUCUGAAAACUUCAAUCAGGUGGUUGACUGGGAACUAGGGAUGCACGAUAUUAGAUUUUUUUGACGAUAUCUGAUAUGCCAAUAUAUAACAACUCAUUUGGCCGAUGACUGACAGAUAUAUCUUCGAGUUUCUUCUGUAGUAGAAUUAACAUCAUAUUAAGCAUGCAUACUCUUAUCGUGAUGGCCCACCAGCAAAUCAAGACAUGUAAUACAAUAUUUGUCAAUGUAUGUAAUAUUCAUUCAUUGUGCAAAUCAAGAAAAUGCAUAUUGGCCGAUUCUCAUUUUAAAGCUAAUAUUGGCCGAUACCAGGGGUCAGCAACCUCAACUAUCACAAUAGCCAUUUUUGACCAAAAAUAUCAAAAAAUCUGCCUGGGGCUGCAAAACAUAUUUGAGUCUUAUGGUAAUGCGUAGUCGAAAUUAACAAUAGGUCUAAAUGAGCAUUCAAAAAUAUUUCUUACCACAAGAUGGCUCCUCUGGAGUAGGCUAUUUAUGAUUAUUUGGUACUUAAAUAUUGCAGCGCCGGCAGUGAAACCACACAAAUCUGUCCAUGCACUUUUAAAUUUAUUUUUUCCUCUGAGACUUUUUUUUACUUUUAUGGAUUUGGAAUCCAUAGCUAGCCUAGCGAGGGAGACUCAAGACUAGCCACCAAAAUUAAGAGUAAAA